UGUACUUUGUCGUACCCAUUUUAUUCGGUGUUUUUAAGUUUUAAAAUGAUCAUUUUGUGAGGAAGUGUACAUCAUAUUCUUGCAAUUUAAAUUGCAUAAUGUCCUCUGUAGUUAAGAAGCAAGAUUUGCCGCCUGUUGGUGGCUAUCCAUCCAUUAACUUUGCAAGAGUCCCAGCGAAGCAGAUUUUCAACCCAUGGCUUGCGAUCCUUGGAACUAUUGCCAUUUGGGGAGUGAGUCGAGAACUUUACCACAAGGGCUACGUAGAAGUGAUGAUGGAAGAGGUUGAACAACGCAGUGUCCUGAUUGCAUUAGAGCCAAUGCUGCUUGCUGAACGUGAUAGAGCGUUCCUGAAGCAGCUCAGGAAAAACCGCGAUGAAGAAAAUGAAUUAAUGAAGAACGUUCCCAAUUGGAAAACAGGCCAUUACUACAGCCAGCCUCUUUACAUAAGUGUUCCCAAAGACACACUAUUAAAUGUGCCUCUCUAUGAAUACUACGCUCAUGCAGAGAAAAGCCACUCGUUUUGGAGAGUGUUCGAGUUCAUUAAGCACUGAAUGUCUAAUUUUGAAGUGUAUUGGUGCACAAGUUUUAGAAAAUUCAAGAGAAAUUCGUAUCUUCAUCUUCAAGUGGAGCAACAGGUUAGUCCUAACAGUUCCAUUCUCAUGGGAAGAGACAGUUUGGGGAAAAAAAGGAAGAAAUUUAAUGUUUAUCUUAGUGAGCUAAUAUUAUGGGAAAUAUGCUAAUUGUAAAUAAAAGUUGAAUAAUCAA